GACGUGGCAAUUUGAUGAUAUUUUUGUAACAUAUGAAGACGAAUGUGACUCUGUGUGAAGCACAAAGCGCAUUAUGGCUUCUCUGGCAAGCUUGGCUGUUGUUCAACCAUCCACUGUGAAGGGCCUUGCUGGAUCUUCCAUUGCUGGAACUAAGCUCUCUUUCAAGCCCUCUCAAACGAGUUUCAGACCCAAGAAUUUCAGGAGUGGUGCUGUUGUGGCAAAGUACGGUGACAAGAGUGUGUACUUUGAUUUGGAGGAUCUUGGCAACACUACAGGCCAGUGGGACUUGUACGGCUCCGAUGCACCUUCACCCUACAACUCUCUUCAGAGCAAGUUCUUCGAGACAUUCGCUGCUCCAUUCACAAAGAGGGGAUUGUUGCUCAAGUUUUUGAUCCUGGGAGGUGGUUCCACCCUGGCAUACUUCAGUGCCACUGCUUCAGGUGACAUUCUACCAAUCAAGAAAGGUCCACAACUUCCACCAAAGCUAGGUCCCCGUGGCAAGAUCUAAUUUAGUUUCCAAGUUUCCAAGUUCAAUCUGUUUAGCUUCUUUUUCCCCCUCUUCUUUUGAACUGAACGUGUAUAUCUCUGCUUGCAUACAAUGUUUAAGAACGUCUAAAACCUACUUGUAUUAAAUCAUGUUUAUUUCUGGUCCAAUAAAUAGCAUUUGCUGUAUAGU